AUGUAUUCCUUUUUGUCCGCGGGUAAAAGCUCAUGUCCCCGCAAGCCUGCUCCAGGGCUGCUGAUUUCUUCCUCUGUGACUUCCGCCGUUCCUCCUCGGCCUGCGAGUCUCUCUUCCUGCAACGAGUACCUCUCUACUUUGUUGUUCUUUCGCCCCGGAUCAGGAACUCGAUCAAGGAGCUCCAGAUGCUUUGCACUCCGAAUCGAGGAGAAGUUUCUCACUCAAACCAGCACGAAACAACAGAAGAGCCCUUUCAAAGCCUUGCCUCGCAUUCACCAUGUACACUACCCGGUACAAGGUCUCCCCUUGAAUCGUCGCCGUCCCGGCAACGAACUGCCAUGCAUCGCGGCAGCAUGUCGAGAUGGCUUUGUGACCGCGCAUCGCACCAACAUUCCAGUUGAUGAACCUCGCGGCAUCAUGCGAGCCUUUUAUACUGGUAUGUUACAGCGAGCUGCUCUAACUGAAGAGCAACAAGAACUCUCUUUGUUUCAGGAUCCUAACAACUCAUGCAGCACCUCCAUUGCAGCUCUCAGUGUGACGACACUGGACACAACCAAGGCCCAGCCUCUUGGUGAUUCUUAUUUCAAUUGGCUUCGCAAUACGCAUUCCUUUCGGCUGCAAUUUGAUCUGGCCAAAGGUAUAGUACUAUCUUCGAGUCCACUCAAUGAGGCUUGUUAG